ACCUGAGCAGGUACGCAGCAGCGGCGGCACGCCCGGUUGGCAGAGCACGUCAGUCAAACAGAAACGGCGGGCAGAGAAACCUGUUACAGGCAGUUCGUGAGUGCGGAUCCAGCAGCAAAGCAGCUACCUCUUUUCUCUAUAUUUUUUCUUUGGACCAGCGGUGCUCCAUGGAAGAAAACUUAAAGGGGGAGCUGGGACCAGAGGAUUAAAGCGUCCCUGCCAGCUGCGGGCGGCAAACAUGGCUCCUCUCCUCCGCGCAGGAGCGCAUGUUGCCUCUGCGCUCACUCUCUGGCUGCUCCUGUCAGCAGGCGCGCAGGAGAAGCGCCCAUAUGAACUCACCUGUGGCGAGGGUCUCACUGCCUGCCGUGCGACCGAAGCGAUCAGCGGUGGACCACCAGAUCCCUACGGCUCUCUGUACAUCACACACAUUCAGCUCAACGCCACUCAUUGUCGCUCUGCUUCCACAUGUGAACCAUGUCUGCAAAUUGAAAUCAGUCUUCAAGAUGUGGAUUUCGCAAGGAGCGCUUCUGAGGGGUCAGGUGACGACAGCGACGAGGAAGGUCUUGUGAAAGUGUGUCACUCCUCCCCGAGUUCCAUCGGCAUCUGCUGGGCAGUCGAGUUUAAACUAGCCUACGUGAAUAUGGACCCGUCCUCCGAAUAUAAGUUGCUGCUGACGGAGAAAGUGGCUUUUGAAACUCCUAUUGUGGUUUCAGCUGAGUCAAAGGAUACGUACAUCUACCAAAAUAUCACAAUUCCAGCACCAAAAGCAGUCUGUCCCUCGGAGCUCUGGAGUCUUUUAAUAGAAACUGACGUUCCUAGGCUCCAAGCUGUGACCGAAAACACGGGAAACGUGGUCCAGCUGCAUCUGCAAAAUGUUCCCGGCAAACAAGACAAGGUCUAUUGGGGAAUGACCUGGGACGACGUACAUGGACAGCCUCUUCAAUGGCCCAAAGGCAAGAACGAAACAGCUAUUUCUUCAGAUCUCGUUGCACCGUGCCUCUGUUUCACGGUAUGGUUGUUUGACAAAGACAUCAGAGGGAGCUACUGCCCUUUCACAAAUCAACCAGAUGCUCUGAGAAGAAUGCAGCACAACAUGUCCGUGACAAUGACGGAGACUCAGCUGAGGGGUGGCGGCACAGGGCUGAGCUGGAAUGUAACUUCUCCCUGUAAAGUGAAGGCAGAGGUGCGGCUGUGCAAGAAAGACAUGGCAGGGGGCCAGUGCGAAGAAGUGACAGGAUCCAAACAGAGACUCGAGCCUACUGGUUGGACUGUGGCACACAGUGUACAUUGGCAAGCUGGAGAGUUCUCUCUCUUGCCCCAUCCUCGGCUUUGUGUGCAGGUUAAAUCUGAAGGGAUGGUCUUGUUCUCAGAGCCCCAAUGUCCAUUUGAAACACAUCGAGUGAGAUGGAUCCUGGCACUCCUCGUUGGAUUUUUGCUGAUGUUUUUGGCCAUACUUGGGGUCUAUUUGAUACGAGGCAUUCUGAAAGGAUAUGUUUGGAGAUGGUUAAAGGACGAAGAUGUUAAAGGUGCUGUUGGUGGUGGUCACGUGGUGCUGCUAUAUCCGCCCGAUGAUGACGACAAGCAUCUUCCGGAGCUCCUGUGUCACCUGGGCUCGUCUCUCCAGGCCCUGGGCUUCACUGUGUCUCUGGACCUCUGGAGCCAGGCUGAGCUCAGCGUACUGGGCCCCGUGCCGUGGCUCCACUCGCGACUGGACCGCCUGAAACGGCAGGGUGGUAAGGUGGUGCUGGUCCUGACCCAGACGACGUGGACCAGAGCUGAAGAAUGGGGGGCCUUCACAUGUGAGAAAAACGAAGAGCAUAUCAGAGGAGUGGAGGAAGACUCUGCUGGAAGCUACCCGCCUCCUUCCCGACACGUGGAUGUAUUCGGUGCCUCGCUGAGCUGUAUUCUUGCAGACCACCUGCAGGGCCGCGCAGGCGAGCGGUUCAUGCUGGUGCAGUUCGAAUCGCUCCCUCCUGCACUCCCGGGGGGUUACCGACCACUUCCGCGGCUCUUUUGCGGACUCCACGUCUACAGCCUUCCUUCGCAGAGUCUGGGCUUUCUGACUGAGCUGGCAGGAUCCAAGCAAAUGGCCUCCGCGUCAGCGAGACGGAAAAGGGCGGGGGGACUCCGGAUGGCAUCCAGGGCUCUCGCCAAAAGGCUGUCAGGGUUCACACUAGGGACAAAUGUGUUGCACCUCGCCGGGGUGUCUCCGGGUUGUGUCGGAGGGGAAGAGGAAGACUCCGGGGACACACUACUCUUAGAACCAACUUUAAUUACACCACCAUCCAGUCCGGACACAAUAGUCAGUAAAAUGGAAUGGGUCUGACAACCGGGGAGGCUUGUAAAGGGGGGGAAAAAAAGUUAUUGGAAGCUUCAGUUAACAAAUAUACCUCAGUUGAUGCACUAAGACAUCUACCUAUUCAUCCAUAUUCUAUAUCAGGGUAAUCCGUCCUGGGUCGUGGGUGCUGGUGCUUAUUUCCAGGUGUCUCCACUGGAUGUUUGACAAGAGUUAAGGCUAGGUUUGGGUUGCAUGGUAUUAGAAUACAUUGCAAUAACAAUAACAAUGGUAAACAUUGCGACAGCGAUAUCAGUUGCAAUAUAUGCAUAUUUUUGUUUUUCUUUUCUUUCUUGUCCAAGCUUCCAUUACUCUGAGACCCUCAGCGUCUUGGGCAAGGUUGUUUGUGUGUGGUGUGAGCAUCUGGUCCUGUGAGACUCUAUCCUUCGGGCUAUAUAUUACUUUAUCAUGUAAAAGGCAUGUUCAUAACACUUGUAAUAUAUCAUCCAAUGAUUAUUGCACUCCAAACACGCCUUUGCUACAUGACUAUUGUGCACACUGAUACUGUGAUAACAAAUACAUUCCCAACAUUGAGCAGAUCCAGCAUAGGGUAGCCUGCACGCCAGGUAGGUUUUCGGCUAGACAACCAUGCGUGCUCGCACUGCCACCCAGGGGCGAUUCAGAAUAAUCGGUUAAUCUGGCAUGCAAAUUCUGGACAAUGUGAAGACUAAAAACCAGCAUAUGCAUGAGGGUAUCAUUAAAAGUUUGCUUUAUGACUUGUUCAGAAAAUGCAGACUAACAUCUUGAGUUAGUUUGAAGUGACCAGUUAACCUAACAUGCCGGUUUCUGAACUGUGAGACAAAAUCCACACGUCCAUGAGGACGACACUGAAACUCUACAGUAGGACAUGUUCAGAAAAGCUUCAUAUAAUUUUACUGUUUUGCUAGCAAGUAGUAAAUUCAACUUGAUAAAGCUUGAUUAAAUUGCUUCACUACAAAAAGGGAACUCAGAGUAGGUAAAAUCCUCUUGAAAUUAACAUAUUUUUCAUUGAUUUGAGCUGGUAAAUCAGAUUAUUUGCCAAUGGAAUAAGAUUUUUGCACUUAAAAUAAGAACGAUUCAUAUCCAUCACCUUAUUCCAAGUGCAGGAUGUUUAAUUACCUUAUUUUAGGGGUAGAAAUUCUCAUUCCAUUGGCAAAUAGUCUUAUUUAGCUGCUGAAAUCAAGGAAAUAUAUACUAAUUUUAAGAACAUUUUACCUACUUUUAGUUCCCUUUUUGCAGUGUUCUAGCAACAAAAAUAGCUCUGUUUUGUAAAGGAAUAUAGCUUGAGCUGCUGCUGCUGCUGCUGCUUCAGAGAAACUUGAUCCAGCCAAGAGACAGGACACCAGCUGGAAAAACAAAAUACAUGGAAAGAAUAAUAUAACAUCUUAGUAAUGGUUUACCAAGGGCGUUUGAUAGUGAUGUUGCAAAAGCAAAGUGGCACUGAACACCCAAACUGUGUACUCUUCCAUUCAUUUGAUAUUUAAACCAACCCUUCCAGAGGCAUUGUGUGUUUUCAAACUUGUUUACUUCUGCAUGACGUUCUUGCACUUCGGUUGGAUAUUACAAACCCUGAAAUUUGUGAAAGAAAAUAUUUAAGCAAAUGUGUACAUAAAACUUUCUGUUCAUGUAAAUAUGUUUUUUGCUUUGAUCAGGUAUUCUGAGUUGGUUUUAUACUGUGAUUUUGUUUUAAAUUUAUAAAUAUGGGAUUAAAUAAAGCAUUUCUUUGCUUGUCUACCAACAGUUAUUUCUCAUGUAUUUGCAUAAAUUAUAGAUUUUUUUUUCUAUUUGAGAGGAAUACAUUUGAGAAUAAAGAUUAUUUGGAUGUUACAGCAUACAUCAUAGUACAGUUUAUCACUUUUUUAUGCAAAUUUUAUUUGCAUGUUUUUUUUUUUUUUUUUUUUUACUAUUAACAUUGUUAGUGUGAGUGUGCAGCAGAAAAAGAGAACUAGGUUGGUACCAGAAAAACAAGGAGCUAUAGUAACUAAAGAUGUAAAGCUAAAAAGUCACACCAUGAAGAGGUUGUACAGAGUAGUUA